UUCAACAAAAGAAGAAGAAGAAGUUCUCCCAGCUGUCAACUAUUGACCAACACCAAUGAAUUCGUUGUUGCAAAAAACAACAUAACUUCACUGUAUUUGUAUAUCUACAAACACAGGUUAUCUGGCGCAAUAGACGCUGCGGUCCCGCAGAAUGAAGGUUAAAAUCCGCCAGUGGAACGGUGUGGCGUCCUGGUUGUGGGUAGCCAAUGAUGAAAACUGUGGGAUCUGCAGAAUGCCAUUUAACGGCUGCUGUCCAGACUGUAAAGUCCCUGGAGACGACUGCCCGCUGGUCUGGGGUCAGUGCUCCCACUGUUUCCACAUGCACUGUAUCCUGAAGUGGCUGAACUCGCAGCAGGUCCAGCAGCAGUGUCCGAUGUGUCGACAAGAGUGGAAGUUCAAAGAGUGAAGGAGCUGCUGCUGCACAGAUGAAGGAGGAGCUUUUAUCAGCUGUAAAUAAUGACUUUUUUUUUUUUUUGUACCUCUGUAUCUAAUUUGACUAAUACCUGUCAUCAUGUUACAUAUUUGAAUAAAAAAACAAGUUAAUGUGUAA